AUGGUCAGUGGAGUGGGCCGCUCCCCACAGCAUCCUCCUCUCAUCGAGUGGCUCAAGUCACAACCCUUCUCCCCCUCCUACUCCUCCUCCGCCUCGUCCUUCUGCCCCUUCUCUUCCUCGACUUCCCCGCGACCCCAUCUCGCAGACGAGAGCCUUCUCCCACUGAGUAUGGGUAUGGUGGAUGAAGAGGCAUCGACGAAAUGGAAGGGCCUUGGAGAGGUGGACCUGAACAUCGGACUGCCCGGUCUGUCUGAAGAUUCUGACGGGGAGGCCAAAUCUUUGGUCUGUGACGAGGUAGAGGUUGGAGAGAAGAGGCCUGGGAGACAUCAUCCGGCGCCGGAGAACAGAUUCUGGAUCCCCACGCCGGCUCAGAUCCUCAUGGGGCCCAUUCUCUUCUCUUGCUCCGUCUGCACCAAGACCUUCAACAGAUAUAACAACAUGCAGGUCAGAAUUGCUUCAACUUUUCCACCCCUUUAUACUUGAUUUCCUCCCAUAUUCGAGUUUUUCUUCCUAUCUACGCCGUCAUCCGUCAAUUAUAUCUGAACAGAUAUUAUAAAACAUAAUUUUUCGCUUGAUGGAUUUGAGGAAGAUAGCGCACCUCGCCAUCCAAAGGGGUGAGAGAUCUCGCUGUUUUCUCGCCAAUGAAUUACAACAAGAUAAUCAGAUAUCCUCGUCGCCUCUAUUGCUUCGGUUCUCUUGUCCCUAUCUUUCAUAGAAAAUCAAAGUUCCCAGAUGACGAGUUCUUUGACAAUGCUAAAUAAUGUGGAUUGAUUAGAUAAGCUAAUGGGUACCAAAUGAGUGUUUUCAGAGUGGUAUGCAUAUACGUAACAAGACUUCUGAUCACAUUUAUUGUGGCCUGAUCGGUGCUUGGUUAAUCAAAGAUUAAUUCUGAAUCGGCCAUGCAGGAUCAAAUAACCGUGUAUAUAUUGUCGUUAUCUUAUGGAAACUAUAGUUUUGCUAACUCUACAUGUAUUCACCUCGUAUGCUCGUUGUAAUGUUGUUCUUCAAGAGAAACCAUCCGGUAUUCUCUCAGAGAUUAGCCCUCCGAUUAGACAUUUCUGGAAAUCAACAACGAUUGAGAUGGGUAUUCUAACGCGUUAUCAUUUGACUGAAUCUGUGGAUCUUGAACUCAGAUGCAUAUGUGGGGGCACGGGCCGGAGUACAGGAAGGGCCCGGAAUCGCUGAGAGGUGCCCAACCGGCCGCCAUGCUGAAGCUCCCUUGCUACUGCUGCGCUGACGGGUGCAAGAACAACAUCAACCAUCCGAGGGCAAAGCCCCUCAAGGACUUCAGAACCCUGCAAACUCACUACAAGAGGAAGCACGGAGCGAAGCCCUUCUCGUGCAGGCGAUGUGCCAAGAGUUUCGCAGUCAGAGGAGACUGGAGGACUCACGAGAAGAACUGCGGGAAGCUGUGGAUCUGCGCCUGCGGAUCCGAUUUCAAGCAUAAGAGGUCCCUCAAGGAUCACAUAAGGUCCUUCGGCGGCAGCGGCAUCUCUUCUCACCAUUUUCAUGCUGGCUUCGGGAACGAGAACAGGUUCAUGGAGAAAUCUUCGGGCGGGGAAGUUGUAGAGGGAAGAGUUCACUGCAUCCCCUAG